AUGGCAACGGCGCUGACGAGCAGCAACAGAAGGAACAUCCCGGCGGUGUGCCGGAUUCGCGGCCGUGGGUCGGCAUUGCUUGUCUCGCCAGGUAUUUUGCUGACAUCCCGGCAUGUCGUAAGCUCUUCGGAGGCGGCCGCGCAGCUUAGCGCCGUUUUCUUUGAGGGCUCUAAGAAAAAGCCAGUGGAGGUGAGGCUGCUGCCGCAGAAGCUCUUCUUUGCCGCCUGCUACCCAGACUACACGGACUACUGCCUUGUGGGAUGUGAGGAGUAUGGCAUAUUUAAUGUCACGCCGGUGAACCUUCCGCUGACGCAAAAUGACUGGGCCCCCGUGCGGGAAGGCGAUAUCGUCCUGGUGGUGCAGCAUCCCAUCUGGGAGGGCGGCGUUGGAGACGGCGCGGCCAACACCGACAACCCCGAGGAAGAUGAGAAUCCUGCAUCCCUAGAGGUUAAACGAUUCGAAGAGGUGCUGCGUUGCCGCAAUGACUUAUUUUACCUGAAGGCCAACGGGAAUGUGCGAACAGCGGGUUGUCCUGCAUUUAACGAGUGUGGCCAACUUAUUGGUAUGCAGUCACAGUUGCGCUCGGAGGGAGAAGGUGUGGUGAACCGGGUGGUCUCAAUUUCCUCCGUCGUGAAGCAUCUCUUUGCAAACAAAAUGUUGCGAAGUAUUAAACAAAAAAACACAUUCGAAGAGGUAUGGAGUACGUGGUACGUCAAGGAUGACAUUUCGCGAAUUGUGUUAAUUCUAGUGAACUUUGAAGAUCGCGAGAUUGCCCGUGCCACAGCGGCAAAACUGUGUGAGCACACGUGUUCCCCAAAUCUUAUCGGAAGCGUGGUGGCAUCUGGCGGCGUCCAGUGCAUCCUUUCCAGCCUACACCGAUUUAAUGAGGACAUCGAAAUGGUAGGCGCAUGCAUCCGUGCCAUGUGGAAUGUCAGUUUUGAGGAGACAAACGCCCAACGAUUGCUUGUAGAAGGAGGUGGUAUUGAGAUGAUUCUUGACGCCAUGGAAAAGUAUCCUGAGAACGAGGAAAUUGCAGAGUUUUCAGUCGUUGUUCUGCAUAAUAUUUCUACAGGAAGCAGCAAGCCGGACUUCUCUGGAGCCCUCGGUAAUCGUGCGCUGCUGCUCGUGCACGCCGCCCUGCAACGCUUCAAGGAGACAACGGUCCUCCAAAAAUUUGGUUUCAGCUUCUUUACCACACUUCUCCUCGUCAACCAGGGGAACGCCGAGACACUUGUGAAGUUGAACAUCGUGGAGCAUGCCGUCUACUUGGCGGAACGGAAGCAAGACCAGGUAUUUCUUAUGGAGGCCCUUAUGCAUUUUGUCGGGGAACUCGCGCAACACAGGAAAGCUAUUGAUCUUUGUUUUGUGAGUGGUGGACUCGCAUCCAGUGCUGGGCGACACGUUAUUGAAGUACUCACGUCCCUCCUGAUUGAAAUUAUGUUCAAGUACCAAGAGAUGGACACCAUCUUACUGCAAGGCAACCGCGCAUUGUGGGGCAUUGGCAACGACAUGACGUGUAGGGCAAUGAUUUUGCAGCACCCCAUGAGCUACGAGGCUCUAAAACUUUCCCUGCCUGCGCUGAUGGCCAAGGCAAGGGUGACAUAG